CAUGUAUCAACCGUCUAUUGCGUCUUUCUUAAUCUGACCUAGUUAUUUGGAAAAACUGGUCGGUCACAUAAAGCCAUGGCUCAAAGAAAAUGUGCACAUCGACGAGUUGCCUCAAAUGAAUGCAUUCUUGUCUUGAGACAAGUUCAACUAAUAUCAUAUUCAGGACUUGGCACAGGACAGAUGUACGUCUAUAUUGCAGAAGCGUUCGUAAUGCAGUUGUAUCGCAUAGGAAAGAAGUUUGUGAUUAUCAUAACUUCUGAAGUUAGGACAACAUGUUGUUCCUCAGAAGUCAAGCAACUGCCAUACAAGGAUUUUUUAACGAAUGUAUUGGGUCUACACAUGUGUGUGUUCGGUCAACAUCCAAAAUGUUCGAAGCAUAAUAGAGCAAAUCAUUCGAUAGAACGGGAUCAAAUCUGUGGCCAUGUGUCAGGAGGUUUAUUGUUCUAUGUAUUUCCACACUACGACAACCCACUGAAUGAAUCAGAAUCCCCAAAUGAAGAAAUCGAACAACAUUCAAACGAAGGAACAGAAAUACAGACAUCACAGGACGAAAACAAAGAAGAUGCAUCUAAAUUCCCUGUUCAAGUCAGUGAUGACAGAGAGAAUGAAACCACAAAGCCGGUAUACAAUCACCAAAUCAGAACAAUGCAAACAGAAACCGGCGACGAACAUAGUCAUAACCUUAAAUGGAAGAGAGCCAAAUAUCCAGACUUUGACGAAAUCAACAACAGAUUAGAAACAUACAGUGAAUGGCCGUUGGAGGAACCAAGUCCGAGUACACUAUGCCAAGCUGGAUUCUUUUUCACGGGUCACAGCUACGACCUCGUACGAUGUUUCUGUUGCGGCAUCGGCCUGAAAGACUUCUCAGACACGGAUAAUCCACUCCUGGAGCAUGUUAAACAUUCGGCUAACUGUCCCUUUUUGCUUGACCUCUUUGGAAGUCGGGAAGCACUAGAACAAUACAAGCAAAGAUUCGUAAGCCAAGAUCCUGAAGAAAUAAGACAAAGGCAACGCGCUUUGUUCGAACGGCAACAAGGUAACGAACAUAAAGUCACAUACUACAGAGCAAAACACGAGCAGUUUCGCACGCUGUGUUCUCGACUGGAUACAUUCAAACACUGGCGUUUUCAUUCAACCCAGACACCAGAACAGUUGGCAGAUGCAGGGAUGUACUACACAGGAGUUGAUGACCACUGCCGCUGCUUCGCCUGUGACGGCGGAUUUCGAAAAUGGGAACCGGGAGAUGAUCCUUGGAUAGAACAUUGUCGAUGGUUUCCGGCUUGUCCUUAUGCCAGAGAAGUAAUGGGCGAUGAAUUAAUCAAUCUAAUCCAACUUUCUGCCGACCAGGCUCUGAAGGGAAAUACAUCUCGUUAUCAAGAUGAUGUGAACGUGGUAAUGGAUGCUUCAACAACUGAAUACUUUAAUGUUCAACGCAUAGUAAAUCAGAAUCGAGAACUGCUAAUAUUGGACAUGGGUUUUCCAAUUGACGAUGUAAAAGUUGCCGUUCAGGAACUGGUACAACAAGCCACUUAUGACCCAGAUGUUGAUGAUAUCAUAACUCGUCUGGAAGUAAUGAAUGAGAGACGGAUACUUGCAAACCCGACCCUAAAAGCGCAAGAACAACCAUAUCCCGGAGGAACCCCCUCCGCAGAAGCGUUAUUGGAACCAGAUCAACGAUUAAAGAGCAUGUUUCUUUGCCAUAUAUGCCACAAUAACCAAGUGAACGCAUUGUUUCUACCUUGCACACAUCACAAGUACUGCUUGGACUGCGUACAACAAAUUGAUAGAUGUCCAGACUGUGGCAGAGCGAUACAGGAUAUAAUUCGCACCUUUAUGAUAUGAACCUUCAAAUUGAUGUUUUCCUAUGAUGACGGGAACGUGUUUAUGCGAAUUUCUAUGGCAUAAUAGAACCAAAACGGUUCAUAUCGGAAGCCUGUCAAUCAUAUAAUUGGCAACUUAUAAACAAUGUAUGUUAUUAGUCUCCAACAUGUUAUACUAAGAAUGGAAUUCGGUGCUUAUGCAUGAAAAUAUUUAUAACAGUUUUUCAUCAUUAUUUGCCUUUCUUAUGUAAUUAAAGCAAAACAAUAUACGCAUCAAAUGUAAACAUGUAUUCCCAUAUGAAAGUGUUGAUAUAUGUUUAAUUAAACUGUGUGCGCGCAUUAAGGUAAUUUUAUUAAGAUAACACUGGGCGGCUCCAGACAAUAAAACGUUACAGUAAUCUAGUUGUGAAACAAGUUAUGAUAAAACCAGAAUCUCGGUAUCUUCCCUUGUUAAAUAUUUUUGAAUGCUCUUGAUUUUAAAAUAAUUAAGCAUGGCUGUUCUACAUUUACGCCUUAUAUUAUUAUUAUUAUAAACCUGAUUUAUAAAGCGCCCGUUUCAUGUAAUAAAACACGUUCAAAGGCGCUGUACAAUAAUGAAUACAUAUCAUAAUCUUGUAAAAAAACACAUAAAAUAACCAUAACAUUGUAAAACAA